GUGAGGAAAGGAGCUGCGCUCAUGCCCGAUCCCUUCACCCUUGGGUGGCAGGUGCGCGCCCCCGAUUCUUGCCGGGGGCGUGCGCCAGCUCGCUCCCGGUUGCGGGGACGCAGACGUCGGGAGGAGCUGAGAAGCUGAGCUGGGACUGGGUUGUGCCCUGUGGCUCUGGCAGUCGCUGCAGUGAUGGAGCUGCGGAACGAGCUGCUGAAGUCUAUCUGGUACGCGUUCACAGCGCUGGACGUGGAGAAAAGUGGCAAAGUGUCCAAAUCGCAGCUGAAGGUCUUGUCUCAUAAUCUUUGCACAGUCUUGCACAUCCCACAUGACCCAGUGGCACUUGAAGAGCAUUUCAGAGAUGAUGAUGAUGGGCCUGUCUCCAGCCAGGGUUAUAUGCCGUAUCUCAAUAAAUACAUCCUUGAUAAGGUUGAGGAAGGUGCCUUUGUCAAAGAAAACUUUGAUGAACUCUGUUGGACUCUAUCUGCUAAGAAGAACUAUAGACAUGACAAGAAUGGAAACUGCACUCUUUCUGAUCACGAUGCCUUCAGGUUAUGGUGCCUCUUCAACUUUCUCUCUGAGGACAAAUAUCCACUCGUGAUGGUUCCUGACGAGGUGGAGUAUCUACUGAAAAAAGUCUGCACAGAGAUGAAUGUAGAGUGGAGUGCGGGGGAGUUGGAUGAUUUCUUCGCCCAGGAGCCCUUGCAGCAGAAUGGAAUCACAGUCUGGGUGCUUCUGGAGUGGGUGAAUUCUGGGAGAUUUACCAGGGGGAUCGAGAAAGAGACGAUCACAAUGGCAGUGCAGGAGGUCUAUCAAGAAAUUAUUGAGGAUGUGCUCAAACAAGGCUACUUAUGGAAGAAGGGCCAGUUGAGGCGCAACUGGACUGAGCGAUGGUUCAUCCUCAAACCAAGCAUCCUUAGCUACUAUGUGAGUGAAGAUCGGAAGGAAAAGAAAGGCUGCAUCCCUCUGGAUAGGAACUGCUGUGUAGAGAUUCUAUCGGACCGAGAUGGGAAGAGAUGCAUGUUCUGUGUAAAGACGCCAUCAAGAACUUAUGAGAUGAGUGCAUCAGACACAAAGCAGCGACAGGAGUGGACAACAGCCAUUCAGACAGCAAUCCGGUUACAGGCAGAGGGGAAGAAAUCUUUGCACAAGGAUUUAAAACAGAAAAGGCAUGAUCAGCGAGCCCUUCGGGAGAAACAGAAAGCAGCGAAGGAGGAAGAACUUCAGAGACUCAAACAGCUCCAGGAAGAGAAGGAAAGAAAACUGCAGGAGCUGGAACUACUUAAAGAGGCCCAGCGCCAGGCAGAAACACUUCUAAAAGAAGAAGAGCAGCGAAGGAAACAGCAGCAUGAGGAGAUGCAGAGGGCACUGGAAAUACAGCUUCGGCAAGCUGAACAGGCUCGAGCCAGUAUGCAAGCAGAGAUGGAAUUGAAGGAGGCAGAGGCAGACCGUCAGAAAAAACGGAUUCGUGAGUUGGAGGAUAUGCAGAAACUCCUCGAGGAAGCUCUUCAUGCUGAGGUUACUGCUCGCCAGGAAGAGGAAGCAAAGAGAUACGCACAGACUAGAUUGCUGUCUGAGGAGGAAGACAAAAUGAAAGCGCUGAUGCAGCUUAAGGAAGAGCAGGAGGAGCUAAUUAGAAAAACCCAGAGAGAAAAACAGGAGUUAAGGCAAGAGAUGGACAACAAGUCUAAGAUUCUAGAAGAGGCCCAGAAACAGCUGGAGGAAGUCCGGGUCAACAGACAGCGAGCAGACCAGGAUGUGGUGGCUGCACAAAGGAAAUUACGACAAGCAAGUUCACACGUUAAGCACUGGAAUGUCCAGAUGAACAGGCUAAUGCAUCCGAUUGGACCAGGAGCUGAACUAGAUAAACGGCCUACAACUACUGUUGGGACUGGCUUUCGAGGAACAAUAGGAGGGCAGAAGGAUGAAUGGGUAAAAUUAUCGGGAAAGACUGAAGAGAAAGAUAACGCUGAUGAGCAUGGCAAAGAGAAUCUCCAUCGAUCACUAUCAAACUGUCCUUCAAACACAAGCUCAGUUGUGGAAAUGGAGACCAUGGCUUUAAAUGGACAAUUGAAAAGAAAUUCAGUGGAAAUAAGAAAACCGGUACAAAGAUCAUCUACAGAAGAUCCAGAGGAUACUCCAACAGAGGAACUUAUGCGGUAGUUUAGAUGUCACCCGAAGGUGAUUCAAAAUAGUUGGUAUUCCAUUACUUCACAUUGGACAGUAAACAUCACACCACAAAGAGCUGUCCAAUAAAGUUCAGAGUCAGCAAUGAAAACCAUUAAAGAUAGAUGUCAAAAAAUGAAGUCAGCCAAUAUCUUGAUCAUCUUCCGCAAGGAUAACGGAAGUCACUAAAAGCAAAAUGACCUCAAAUUCCCUGAAGCCAUCAGCUUUUGUUUGCAUACAGUAGAGAAUAGUGCCUAAUGUAUCCUUGGAUCAAGAGUGGUGAAGGAGAACUUUAAUUUAAGAUUUGAGCUUUAUCAUAUUUUUACAUUCUUACACCUGGAUGCUGUAGCACAGUUUGGGGAUUUUGAAUUUUAAAAAAAAUUUUAAUUGGCAAAAACACCUGUGUUAAAAAUGGACACUAUCUGUUCAGUUUUGAAUACUAUCAGCUUCCUCACCAUCAACUGAAUAACCCACACCAUCUGCUUCAUUUCUGGUGGGAUAAAAUUAAAAAGUAGGGAAGUUAUGCAAAACUUGGAAUUGAACUUUGUUUAGACCCCACUUAGAGUACUGUGUGUAGUUCUAGUCACCAUAUUAUAUAAAGAAUAUAGAGGCACUGGAGAGGGUGCAGGGAAGGUUUACAAGGAAGAUACCAGAAAUGUGUGGCUAUAAAUAUCAGGAAAGGACUGAAAGACUGGGUCUCUUUUCUCUUGAAAAAUGAAGGCUGAGGGGUUGAGAAGUCUUUUAAAUGAUGAAAGGUUUAACAGAGUGGAUACAGAAAGAACGUUUCCUCUUGUGGGGGAGAGCAAAACUAGAGGCCAUCAAUAUAGGAAAGUCACCAGGAAAUCCAAAAGGGAAUUUAGAAGAAACUUCUUUACCCAAAGAGUGGUGAGAAUGUGGAGCUUGCUACCACAAGAAGUGGUUGAAGCAAAUACUGUAGAUGCAUUUAAGGGGAAGUUAGACAAGCACAUGAGGGAGAAGGGAUUAAAUGAUUACAAAGGUAGAUUUAGAUGAGGAAAGAUGGGAGGAGGCUCCAAUUGCUCAUAGCCACUGACACAGGUUGUUUCUGUGCCAUACUUCCUAUGUAACCUUAUGAAUGAGCUGUUUGGAAAUUGCUUAAAUAUAACCUGACAGCCAAAGUCUGCUUUUAAAGCUUAAGUCUAUAUUUUCCAAUUUGUUCAUAUGUUUUAUAAUAUGGAGACAUUACCCAUUAAUGCUCUUAUUUUCCAUUCAUUUUCAUUAGCAACAAACCCUUACCCACUCCUUUAAACUCACUAGCUGAUUUUCAUUUAAGUCUAAAGCUGCAUGUACCUAAACUUGCCAGUGUGUGUCAGCCAAAGCCAGAAUAGUACAGGCAAGUUGUUCUUAAGUCAAGCAGUUCAAAUCCAUUAGAAACUGUUCAACGGACUUGCAUCUCUAUUAAAUGUGAAUGUGAAGCAUAUACAUAUGAAAUGUUUCUUCAAUGGCAUUGUACAAAUUUUGGUUUGACUCUAAUUUUGUACAGAACGUUCAAGUGUGAGGUGCAGAGUCAAAAGGCGCUUCUGCAAUUCAUAAAUAAAGGCAAGCUUCACUUCUGAUAUUUGCUUUUAAAUGAACAUGCCCUUUAUUUUGGGCUACAAUCAGAAGUAUUUCAAACCAUCUCAACAUUGUUUUUAUUUUCAUGCUUAAAGUUUGUAAAAUAUAUAUGCAGUUGUUUUUAAUAAAUAUUUUGUUCAAAUGCUGAAGUCUUUUAAAAGUGAAGGGCAGGUACUGGCUAACUCCAGAAGUAUUUAUUUUGAAAGGUUACAAUUUGAUACAACUGGGAUUUGUUAGCAUAAAUGAUGUGUUCUUGUAUAGUUUGUUUUUUGGCAGGUACAGACUGCCUUACAAAGUACACAUAACCAAUAUGAUUCUAUCAUUAAAAAUUGUCACUUAAUCCUCAAUCAGACUUAGUUCGGAUACUGUCUCCCUGUAUCAAAUUCUAAUUAAACUGAUUAAGGGUCAGGAUUGUGUAUUAGUUACAGCUGUAGCUAAAUUAUAUUUUAAACAUUAUUCUUAAAUCAUCUAAAGUCUAAAUGAUAGUCAUUCAGAUAAUGUCUGUACAGUAUUGUUACAUUUCUACUGUAAUAAAGUAGUUUUCUUAA